CUCCUUUGGCUGGACACAAGCCAGGCGUGGCCUCGGAGGACGGCGGGUGGAAGGUGGCCUGCAAGGACUGGGUGGGAGAUCCUGCCCCGGGCGCUGGGGGUGUCAGGCAGCUGGGCCGGAAGACGCCCUGCUUCCUCUUCUGCCCUCAUAGGCGCAGCCGUCCCACAGUCCCUGCCAGGGACCAAGAGCUGCACUGAUCACCCAGGGAUUCUCCCUCCCAAACCAAACACCUCCAACUGACCUCUGACUCCUGACCUCUGGCCCCAUCUGUCCUGUCCUGCCCUUUGUAAGGGGCUGGGGAGCCCCUAGAAACUCUGCCGUGGGAGUGGGUGUCUGCUCACCCAGAGUGCAAAGGCUGUGCAGGGGCUUGGACCUCAGCACCGCCCUGAGCCCAGCAUGGCACGGCGGCUGCAAGAUGAGCUGGCCGCCUUCUUCUUCGAGUACGACACUCCCCGAAUGGUGCUCGUGCGCAACAAGAAGGUGGGCGUCAUCUUCCGCCUGAUCCAGCUGGUGGUUCUGGUCUACGUUGUUGGGUGGGUCUUUGUCUAUGAGAAGGGCUACCAGACCUCCAGUGGCCUCAUCAGCAGCGUGUCUGUGAAACUCAAGGGUCUGACUGUGACGCAUCUCCCAGGAGUGGGCCCCCAGGUCUGGGAUGUGGCUGACUAUGUCUUCCCGGCCCAGGGGGACAGCUCCUUCGUGGUCAUGACCAAUUUCAUCAUCACCCCCCACCAGGCCCAAGGCUACUGUGCAGAGCAUCCAGAAGGGGGCACGUGCAAGGAUGACAGUGGCUGCACUCCAGGGAAGGCAGAAAGGAAGGCCCAAGGCAUCCGCACAGGCAAGUGUGUGGCCUUCAAUGACACUGUGCGGACGUGUGAGAUCUUCGGCUGGUGCCCUGUGGAAGUGGAUGAUUACAUCCCACGCCCUGCCCUUCUCCGAGAGGCCGAGAACUUCACUCUCUUCAUCAAGAACAGCAUCAGCUUUCCACGCUUCGAGGUCAAGAGGCGCAACCUGGUGGAAGAGGUGAAUGCCACCUACAUGAAGAGAUGUCUCUAUCACAAGAUCUUACACCCGCUGUGCCCCGUCUUCAAUCUUGGCUAUGUGGCACGAGAGUCAGGACAGAGUUUCAGCACCCUGGCCGAGAAGGGUGGGGUGAUAGGCAUCACCAUCGACUGGAAUUGCGACCUGGACUGGCACGUACGACACUGUAAACCCAUCUAUGACUUCCACGGGCUGUAUCAGGACAAAAAUCUGUCUCAAGGCUUCAACUUCAGGUUUGCCAAGCAUUUCGUGGAGAAUGGGACCAACCGCCGGCACCUCUUUAAAGUGUUUGGGAUUCGCUUUGACAUCCUCGUGGAUGGAAAGGCUGGGAAGUUUGACAUCAUCCCUACAAUGACUACCAUCGGCUCUGGGAUCGGCAUCUUUGGGGUGGCCACAGUUCUCUGUGACCUGCUGCUGCUCCACAUCCUGCCCAAGAGACACUACUACAAGCAGAAGAAGUUUAAGUACGCGGAGGACAUGGGACCACAGGCGGGUGAGCGUGACCCCGCAGCCACCAGCUCCACCCUGGUCCUGCAGGAGAACAUGAAGACGUCCUGACCCAUAGCCCCGAGGACUCCUGACUGGACUCAGCUUCAGGCGGGGCCCUGGUGGGGCCCCAGCCAGGGUGGAGGGGUCUCCUCGGCAGCUCUCCCACCCUCUCAGCCAGGCAGAGACCAGUUUGCUGGCAGCUCAGGGUGGACACUGGGAGAGACCUGCGCAAUUCUGAACUUUGGCUCCAACCCUGCACCCCGCCAAGGAAGCCUCAUGCCAGCCUUGGCCUCUCCUGGUGCGGAGGUGCUGGUGCUGGGCGGGGCCCCUCUCCGGCUCCUGAACUGGAGCUUUGUGUUUGUCCCUCUGGGCCCUCAGCCCUCCCACUGCCUCAUGUCUCUAGACCUGUGCUGUCCCAUACAACAGCCACCAGCCACGGGUAACUAAAUUUAAAUUAAUCAAAAGGGAAGAAAAUAAAGACUUCAGUUCCUCAAACUAGCCAUAUUUCACUGCUAAGUAAACACAUGUGGCUGGGGGCUGCCGUAUUAGCCAGCACAGAACAUUUCUAGGGCCACAGAAAGUUCUAUGGGAAAGCUCUACUUGAGCCCUGUUUCCUACGGGCUUCAGUUUCCGUGGGGAGCUGUCAACCAUGCAGGCCCCGGGCCCACACCAGACCUCCUGAACCAGGAUCUCCAAGGCGGGCCACAUGAUUUGCAAGGGCAGCAAACUCCCCAGGCCAGUAUUAGGACCUGUGUUUAAAAUGUUUCUGAUCAGGAAUCAGACUUAGCCUGGGCCCGCAUCACCUGGCAGGUGCCAGUAGUGAGCAGGUAUGUGUUGUGCACACAAGCCACACAGCGUUUGGUGCACACACCCCCAUGUGCACACUCACCUGAAUGCACAUCACCCUUCUAUCCACGCGAUGUAUUUGAACAGCUUGGGCCCUGCCAACACAACCAUCUGAACACACCUACACCCGCAAGCACAGACACCUACCUGGUCCAUACCAUGUCACCUCCAUGGAAAGUACUUCCCCCCAAGUCCCCAACUCCCUCUUAUUCCCUCCCUCUUCCUUAUCCAGCCCCCACAGCCAUGAAUCCUUACUCAGCUACCUCUGGUCAGGUGGGGGCCUUAGCCAAACCCUGGGCUUACUGCCUGUGGCCCAGCCCCAGCCCCCCAGGCCUGCCCUGCUGUGUCCGAACACAAGGUCUGGGGAAAGCGAGGGGUGGAGUACAAUAAAAGGAAUGAGGACGA